AUGGGGCAGCGCGAUCGGAUGUUCAAGGUGCUGGUGGUGGGGGACGCCACGGUGGGCAAGACCUCGCUGGUGCAGCGCUACGCCAACGACAGCUUCAACCGGCACUACAAAUCCACCGUGGGAGUGGAUUUUGCGCUGAAGGUGGUUCAGUGGUCGGAGUCGGAGACGGUUCGGCUGCAGCUCUGGGACAUUGCAGGGCAGGAACGAUUCACAUCCAUGACCCGCCUGUACUACAGGGACGCCUCGGCCUGCGUGAUCAUGUUCGAUGUCACCAACGUCAGCACCUUCAGCAACAGCCAGAAGUGGAAGCAGGACCUGGACAGCAAACUGGUGCUGCCAGACGGGAGCCCCGUGCCCUGCCUGCUGCUGGCCAACAAGUGUGACCUUUCCCCGUGGGCAGUGACCAGGGAAGAAGUCGAUCGGUUCAGCAAAGAAAACGGAUUUUCAGGAUGGGUGGAGACGUCUGUGAAGGAGAACAAGAACAUCAGCGAGUCCAUGAGGGUUCUGAUUGAGAAGAUGAUGUCCUCCUCCACGGGAGAUGGAAGCUCCUCCUCUGCUGGCAGUGGGGAUUACAUCAACAUCAAGGAGACCUCCCCUCCAGGCUGGGCCUGCUGCUGAAGCCACUGCAUCCCCUGGGCUCCUCUUCAUCAUCAUCAUCAUCACCAUCAUUGUUACCAUGGUCACCUUGCCCUGAACCGUCCCUGGUUUGGGGGUUUUUCCUGUGAUUUUGAACUUUUCAGUGGCUGUUUGCUCAGCAGAGCCCUGCUGCAGUGACUUGGAGUGAGGCACGGAAGAAGAGGAUUGGGAAUAUUCCUCUGUUUGCUCUGCUGCUCUGAUGGAGCACAAUCCACGCCCAAGCAGUGGCUUGCAUUACACUGAUUUUUUUGGGUUUUUUUUAUUAAUUUUGAGCACUUCCCCCUCUGGCAGGGCUGCCCUGGGCUGUCAGAGGGAUUUUUGAAUUUUCUGCACCUUUACCCCCUCCCUUUUGGGGACACAGCCCGGCCCAGGUGGUGCCUGUGGAUCCCCAGCUGUGGGAUGCCAGCAGUCUCCUC